AAGUAUUGCCAACCCAUUGUUUAGUGUUUUGCAGUGUUUUGGUUUUGGUUAAUUCUUUAUAAAUCGCAUCAAAAAAAGGUGAUCCGCGACGAUUUUAAGCACCGAAGGACCGAAUAGUAAUGUUCGGGGCGUUUGUGAUCAUAUCACUAUCAUUUAAAAGUACGCCCUCCGCGGCCCUAUAAUGGACCCUGAUAAUGCCAAACAGAACGAUGCGGAACUAAACCUGCAGAUUAGUCUCGAUAUGGGGGACGAUAUCAAAUUGGACGAGGUGAAUUACGAAAGCGACUUAUCAUCGAGCAGUUCCGAAAGUUCAAGCGCACCUAGUAUUAGUUCCGUUAGUUCAGCUUCUUCGGCUAAAGGACGUAGAUCGAGACAUAAAAGAGGACACGAAAAGGAUAAGAGUCCUUCUCCUGACGCUAAAAGACCUAGAUCUAAGGAUCCUAAAGGAAAAUCUUAUGAUUAUUUAUCAAAACUUAAUUAUUUAUUCAGAGACGCAAGGUUCUUUGUGAUUAAAUCAAACAACGCGGAGAAUGUUACUUUAUCGAAGGCAAAAGGUGUUUGGUCAACUUUACCUCAAAAUGAAGCCAAUUUAAACCAAGCUUAUCGUGAAUCAAGAAACGUUUUAUUAAUAUUUUCUGUAAAAGAAAGUGGGAAAUUUGCCGGAUUUGCUCGAUUACACGGUGAAUCCCGACACGAUGUCCCUGCGAUCUCGUGGGUGUUACCUCCAGGUCUUUCAGCAAAAGCUUUAGGAGGUGUUUUUAAAGUGGACUGGAUAUGUCGUAAAGAACUACCUUUUAGUAGCACCAUGCAUCUUUAUAACCCUUGGAACGAAGGAAAACCCGUCAAAAUCGGCCGAGACGGUCAAGAAAUCGAACCGCGCGUUGCCGAAGAACUUUGUCGAUUAUUCCCCGAAGAUGACGGCAUCGAAAUCACCCCAAUUUUACGAUUAGCUAAAGAAGCAGCAAAGAAAAACGGGAUAAGAGGACGAAACGACGGACAUCGCCAUCCCAAGGCUCGAAUGCCUAUAGCGGCUCGUAGUUCAUUUUUUAGAGGUAGAGGAUCGUCAUAUUCGCGUCGAAAAUUCUUUUUGAACUCGCGUGGGUUAACAUCGUCCAGUUCCGCUUAUCGGCGGUCUGUAUCGCCGCGAAGAGAUCGUUUUUCGUUGUUUUAUGACCGCGAUUCACCUCGUCCGUACACGGCAGCGGCCGCUGAGGCUUACGUAGCGGAUUACAUGCGUACAAUGCAACACCAAUUGCCACCAUUACCGUAUGUUCCACCCCCGGGGUUGUAUUCGAGUCCUUACGACGCUUUACCUCCACCGAGAUAUUACGAUGGACUUCCACUUCCGGAUUAUCCAACUUCUCGAUUAAGUUCUUAUUCGGAUAAACGAUCUUAUGAUCGUUCUGUAGAUGAGUUCCUAUGGAGGACGAGUGAUAGGGCUAGAGAAAGGGAUAGGGAAAGUCGUCAUAGGUACAGAGAUAGACUUUAAAGGGAUUUCGUUUGUUUAUAACAUUUUUAAGCAAUUAUCAAUGUAAGUGAGGCAAAUUGGAUUUGUUUAUAUCGAUUAUUUCUCUUAGGUUAGGUUUAUAAACGUCAAAAUUAAACCUUAAAAAUGUUAAUUUUGAUAAUUGUUUAAAGAAAACGUGAAUUAAACGAAUGUAAACGCACUUUUUGAAUAAUGAGGAUGGUGAAGAUUAAAACGACUGGGUUCUUUGUAUAUAAUAAUUUUCUGUUUAUUAACGCAAAGAUCAAGUUAUUUUUUGGUUGGAAUAGUUUCUUUUUUGUUCCGCAACGAAAAAGUCGUUUUCUUAUUUUAUUUUUAUUUCGUAGAAUAAUAAUUUUAUUAGUAAUAAUAAAUAUUUAUAAGGACUUAUUUGUACAUUUAUCGUAAUUAAUCAAUAAUAAUUAUAAAUUUGAGUCAAUAAAAUUUUUUUGGUUCAAAAAGU